AUGGUUGUUUUGUGGAUUGGUACACGUCUGUACAGCAUGAUUGACGCAUCCGUUAAUUCAGUCGACAACGUGAAAGUUUCCCAGUUUGUAGAGACUGCGGGGGCUUUAACGGCGGAUAACCGAAACAUUGUAAACCCGGAUUUGACAAAAACUCCCGAUUUGACAAAAAUGGCCGCCGUAGUGGACGCGGUCGAAGUACCCAUGUUUGCAGAGACUUCGGGUGCUUUGAUGGCCGACGACCAAAAUAAGGAAUUACCGAAAUAUGACGACAAAACACCAGACACGAUGAAAACGGCUACCAUAAUGGACAUCAAAGUACCCAAGUUUACUAAGAUGCCAUCUUCCACCACAUUGGGCCAGUUUGUUCAUGAAACAUCCGAACGUGAAAGAUGCAGUUUUAAUAUUAUCGCCCGCGGAAUCUCUGAGUCCUCUUCAGCUGCUGCUGACGAUAGAGUCUUCAUUUCGAUCCUGUUGGCUGAGCUCUCCCUUUCUCUUCUUCCUAACACAAAGGUACUGUACCUUAGUAAAGUCAUUUCCAAGAGCCUCUGA